AAUUUCCACGACCAUCGACCACGAAGAUCGAGGUUGGGCACUUGGGCUUGGCUUCAGGAUCCACGUGGGUGCCACAACCGUGCGAGGACCAGACAACUAGAGGACCCAAGGACCCAAGGACGCCGGGUCUCAGUGGAACCGGCAUUGGGAACUGGAGAACUGAGUCAGCAAUAUGAGUGAUUCGGAGAGCGAGGGCGAGUCUUGGACGGAGGUGCUGGAUCCCGAGUCCCACCACACUUUUGGGCAUCAACCCUGUUUGGAUUUGUUUUCCCAGACCGUGUGCCCUUCCAGCCAGGCCUGUCUCACUCACAUGCGGGACCAACAUCAGUUCGAUCUCAAAGCUUGGGUGGUGGAAUUGAACCUGACGCAUUCGCCCCUGGAGGUCAUCCAAUGGAUCAAUUUCCUGCGGACCCAGCGACCCUCGGUGGCCCAAUUGCGUGGACUGGUCUCGGAACGACCUUGGCGUCAGGCGUGCUACAUGAAACCCUUUCUCAAAGAUGAUCCUUUGCUCAUGAUGGAUUUUGAGGAGGACGAAGACGAGGCCAUGCCUGGGUUAGUGGGCGAUUUUCAAGCUCAAACUCAGUUAGCCUCGGCCGUACCCCAACCUGUUCAAUGUACCUCAGAUUUGGUCUCGUUCAAGUCACAGGAGUGGUGCCAGUUUCUGAAGGCCCACGAAACCUUAGCCUUGGCUUUACGCGAAAAAGAAGAGCGUAUACAAGACAUGCUCCAAGCUAUGAACCAGAUGAAGAUAACCGCCCAGAAUUUAAUCCAAGGCGAUCUCCCCACCCCCGAUCCCGCCCAAUCGGAUCAACGCACGCACGACGAAUCCUACGCCGGCAGUUACGCCCACUUUGGCAUCCAUCAUGAGAUGUUGUCUGACCGGAUACGCACCCAAGCCUAUCGGGAUGCCAUCGAGAAGAAUGCUCGCUCCCAUAUUCAUGGUCGAGAGGUGCUCGAUUUGGGGUGUGGCACCGGGAUCUUGUCCAUGUUUUGCGCUCGAGCUGGAGCCCGAAGCGUGAUCGGGGUGGACAUGUCGGAUAUUGUACAUCAAGCCAUGGAAAUCGUCCACGAGAACGGAUUGGGCCAGCAGAUCCGAUUAAUCAAGGGUAAACUCGAAGAGGCCUCUUUGGAUGACGCCCAGUUUGACGUGAUUGUCUCUGAAUGGAUGGGCUAUUUCCUGCUGUUUGAAGGCAUGCUCGAUUCCGUGAUCAUGGCCCGGAACAAGUAUCUGCGAAAAGGCGGGAAAGUUCUGCCCAAUCGAUGUACGAUGCACUUGGUGGGUGUGUCUGAUCGCCAACGUUACAGCGAGACCGUGGAGUAUUGGCGGGAUGUGUAUGGGUUCAAGAUGAGUUGUAUGAAAGACCCGGUGGUGGUGGAAGGCUCCGUGGAGGUUGUGAAGAACGAAUUCAUUGCCUCCCAACCCGCCCUAAUCCACGAACUAGAUUUGGCGACCUGCGAAAUCACGGAUACGGAGUUCGAAACCAAGUUCGAGAUGGCCAUUUUGCGUGAUUGUGAAUUGACCUCGGUGGCCGGAUAUUUCGACUCGUUUUUCGAUUUGGAGGAUGAACCCGUCAUGUUUACCACGGGUCCACAUGGCACACCCACUCAUUGGAAGCAAACCGUGUUCUAUUUGAAGGAGAGAAUGCCCGUCAAAGAAGGGCAAAUCCUAACUGGACGCAUCAAAGUGACUCGACCUAGUAAUGACGUCCGAAGUCUUCAUGUCAAGCUCACACUUGGCGAUCGAGAACAGAUAUUCACAGUUGAAUAAACAUUGAAUGGUGAACAUGAAACUUUUCUUGUCUUAAUAAACAUCAUUUCAGUCAGUGGCUCAUCACGAGAUGGUUGCACAAAAGUA